AUGUUAGGAAGUCCGUCAAACAACGGCGGCAUCAGAAUGCUGGUGCCCCCGGCUCCGAACGACGACAGGCGGGUAGAGUUCGUGGCUCUCACCGCUGUCCACACGGAGAGAAGCGAGCCGUCGACACCGGAGCGCGGACACCCGUCUCACCGCACAGGGUUACUGGGCACCCCACUGCCCGGGCCGCCCGGACCCCGGGCCAACGCGUCCGCCACCAGCAAACGCUUCAGAAAGUUGCAAAACUGCCUCUACAACGUGCUGGAAAGACCAAGAGGAUGGGCAUUCAUCUACCAUGCUUUCAUUUUUCUGCUGGUGUUCAGCUGCUUGGUGUUGUCCGUGUUCUCCACCAUCCCCGACCACCAUAAGUUUGCCAAUCAAGGCCUCUUCAUCCUGGAGUUUGUGAUGAUUGUGGUGUUUGGGUUGGAGUACUUCAUCAGGAUCUGGGCAGCUGGCUGUUGUUGCAGAUACCGUGGAUGGCAGGGACGACUAAGAUUUGCCAGGAAGCCCUUCUGUGUCAUAGACUUUAUAGUGUUUGUGGCAUCGUUGGCAGUGAUCGCUGCAGGAACGCAGGGCAACAUCUUUGCCACCUCAGCCCUGCGCAGCAUGCGCUUCCUGCAAAUCUUACGCAUGGUUCGUAUGGACCGGCGAGGAGGCACCUGGAAACUACUGGGCUCAGUGGUUUACGCUCAUAGCAAGGAGUUGAUUACAGCCUGGUACAUAGGUUUCCUGGUCCUGAUCUUUGCCUCCUUCCUCGUCUACCUGGCAGAGAAAGACAUCAACACAGACUUCAACACCUAUGCAGACUCCCUCUGGUGGGGGACUAUUACUCUGACGACUAUUGGCUAUGGCGAUAAGACUCCUCGUACCUGGCAAGGACGGCUCCUGGCUGCUGGCUUUGCUCUUCUGGGAGUCUCCUUCUUUGCCCUGCCUGCCGGAAUUCUGGGAUCAGGCUUUGCCUUGAAGGUUCAGGAGCAGCACCGGCAGAAGCACUUUGAGAAGCGGAGGAUGCCUGCUGCCAACCUGAUACAGGCUGCAUGGCGUCUCUACUCUACAGAUGCCAAACACUCUUAUCUUACAGCUACAUGGUACUUCUAUGACAGCAUGCUUCCGUCUUUUAGAGAACUGACGCUACUGUUCAGUCACCUCCAGCGACAGCGUAACACCAAGAAGACUCUCCACAACUCCUACCACACGCUGCUGUCUGGGCUGCGGCCCUACAGCUCCCCCUAUCUGUCGGGGGACAGGAAGGCAGACGUUCCAUGCAGUCAGCUCCUUUCUAAAAAGCGGGGUCUCUUCCGGAUUCAUGCUGGCCGCAAGCAGAGCAGUAAACUAGGCUUCAGGGAUCGGAUUAGGAUGAACAAUUCCCGAUCAUCCCAAACCAUUCGCAACAAGGCGUCACCACUGCCUCCCGGGUCAGGUGUCCGCUGCUCUCCCAGCCAGGAGAAUGUCCCAGAGGCCACCAGCCCGGGAAAGGUCCAGAAAAGCUGGAGCUUUAAUGACCGCACACGCUUCCGUACCUCCCUUCGCCUUAAACCGCGCCCUCCUGUAGAUGAAGGGCUUGGGGAGGACAGUGUGGAGGACAAACCGUAUUGCGACGUGGCCAUGGAGGAGGUAAUCCCAGCAGUGAAGACACUUAUCCGGGCUGUCAGGAUCUUGAAGUUCCUUGUGGCCAAAAGGAAGUUUAAGGAGACAUUACGCCCAUAUGAUGUGAAGGACGUCAUAGAGCAGUACUCUGCUGGACACCUGGAUAUGCUGGGCCGCAUCAAGAGCCUGCAGAUGCGGGUGGAUCAGAUUAUUGGGCGAGGGGCUGUUCAGCCCGAUAAGAAGGCGCGUCCUGAAAAGGGAGAGAAGACGCCGCCAGAACUAGACCCACUGGAUGAGCUAAGCAUGAUGGGACGUGUAGUCAAGGUGGAGAAACAGGUACAGUCCAUAGAGAACAAGCUGGACCUCCUGCUCAACUUCUACUCCCAGUGCCUAAAGAAAGGCUCGUCCCACUUCACCCUUUCCUCCCUUCUGGAUCCAGACCUGACAUCUGACUACCACAGCCCCACGGACCAAAGAGACCUCUUCCCCUCCGUAAACACGCUCAACAUCUCCCAGUCUGAGAGCGGCAAUUUAGAAUGACAGCUGAGUUGGGGGCUGA